AUGCAUGCGCCCGACUGGGAGAAGACGGCCUUCAUCACUGAUAAAGCAAAUUUUUGCUACAAAGUCAUGCGCUUCGACUUAAAGAAUGUCGGGGCCACAUACCAACGCUUGAUGGACAGGAUCUUCUCUGAGCAGAUCGGCCGGUGCAUGGAGGUAUACAUGGACGACAUGGUCCUCCGCUCAUCAGACGAACGACACCAUGUUAGAAACCUGGAAGAGGUCUUCAAACAGGUCAGCAAGUAUGGGAUGAGAUUGAAUCCCACAAAAUGCACUUUCGGGGUAGCGGCCGGAAAAUUCCUUGGAUUCAUGCUUAUCGCCAAGGGAAUCGAGGCAAACCAGGANUGGACGGCUGUCGACAUGCCAGGAAUCUAUCCCUCGGUCAUGUCACACAAAUUGGCGUGGUUUAAGGAAGCGCGACCAAUAGCCCAGAAGAAGCGGCGAGUAAGGAAAGAGAAGAGGAAGGUCGUGGAGGAGGAAGUGAGGAAGUUGAAGGAGGCAAGAUUCAUUAGGGAGGUGACAUAUACCACAUGGCUCGCCAAUGUGGUUAUGGUAAAAAAAACCAGUGGAAAGUGGCACAUGUGUACCGACUACACUAACUUGAACAAAGUAUGUCCCAAGGAUUCCCACCCUUUACCUAGCAUCGACGCGUUAGUUGACGGAGCCUCGGGCCACAAAAUGUUGAGUUUCUUGGACGCAUACUCCGGAUAG